GACCGCAUAAACAAUCUCGUCCCACUCUUCAACGAUCGUUCAACAUAUCAUCAUCAUCCCUCCGCCUCUCACCAUGUCGUGGCCUCCCCUCGCAGCGCUUUUUCUUACCCACUUCCACGAUCUCACAGGCCAAGAGGUCGUCUACUACCGCUCUCUCUCAGAUGAUACCACUCUCCCCCCAGCGCUCAUCGAGCACACCACCCUUCCUUCCGGGUUGCACACGCGCGGCUCUGACCUUGUGAUCUUCACCCAUCAUGGACUCCCUGGAGCUGGUCUGUUCCGUUCACGUACACGCGAAGGUGUUGAUGCUGGGCGCGGAAGACGCAUGGCCACUCUAGGCGCAGUGCUUGCUCCGCCCACACCAUCGGAUACUGCGUUUGACCUCGCUGCUCCGCUUGAACACUUGUAUGACAGCCUCGAGGGACUAGGGGACCCAUUCGCAAAGACCGCGCCAGCCUACGAUUGUCGCGUGGCGUCAGCACGUCAAAUCCGGUGACAUACUUUCCCGCUCUGCUGUCCAUGCUCGGCCCUUCAAUCGUUACGGUGUACAAGGCAUCGCUGUCUGGGCAACGAAUUCUGCUCUACUCGCCCCCACCGAUCUUGCCACUAAGCGCAUUCGCCUGGUGCGUAUGGGCAAUGGGUCUCCCACCGUCCUCUGCUGCCAAC